AUGGCAUCACACGGUUUGGAACGUUGUCCCUCAGAAGCCUCUAACAUAUCUGCCACCUCCGAAGACAUUUCCCUAAACGAUGGUGUUGAAGAAGAGAAGAAUGAUGUGAUUACAAUGAAGGAGAAGGAUGGUACAUCUGAAAAAGGUCAAGCUUCAAAUUCCAAUUCCCAUGUAAUGUUGGAUUUUGUGAAGCUCUCCAAUGAUGAUUCAAUUCAUGGGUCAAAGGUGGAAUUGAAUUUUUUCAAUCCAAAAAACGUGGUUAGUUCAUCUUCUUUUAGGGCUAAUAAUACUAACGAAAAAGAUGAGAGUAAUGAAGAGAAAACACCAGAGGCAAAGACUUUUUCAUGCAACUUUUGUAAAAGAGAGUUCUCUUCUUCACAAGCUUUGGGAGGGCACCAAAAUGCUCACAAGCAAGAGCGUGCCCUUGCAAAGCGUCGCCAAGGGAUUGAUGUAGAUGCUUUUGGACACCCUCAUUUUCCCUAUUAUUCUUAUCCUACGCACCCCUUUUAUGGAUCCUAUAAUCGCACACUUGGGGUUCGAAUGGAGUCUAUGGUUCACAAGCCAUCUUAUCAUUGGACCUCACCCUUGAGGUUUGGUCAAGGGUGGCUAAGGCAAGAGAUGUUAAACCCAUCUCUUGUGAGGAUGGAGGGUUUGCAUGCAAAUAAUGAAAUUGGAAAUUUUAGGAGUGGUGCAACUUUGAGGGCAGAAGAUGAUCGUGGUGCUGUUGGAAAUAUUCCUUUCCUUGGAGAUUCUUCUACAAAUGUUGCUACCAAAUCAAACUCAUCCAUGGACAAGCCAAAAUUGACUAACAUGGGUGAUCAUUAUUCCAAGCAAGAGGAAACAUCCAAUCCUGAUUCUUCUGGGAUUGAUUUGUCACUUAAGCUUUAA